ACACACAUUAUCUUGGCCUGAGGAAUAAUGAGUACUACAUGUUGAAUUUCAAAAUAAAAUGAUUGGACUCUCGCAAUGAAGAAAAUGAUGGCAAACGGGUAAUCAUGAAUUGUGUCAUUAUUUAUUAGAGGCUCGAUUAAUCUAAGAUGUUAUGUAACAUUAAAAAAACAAAAAAAACGAUGAAAUCACUCGUCGUAAAUGUAUGUUAUCUUCUCAACACCGGAAAUACAGAUUUUAGCUGCGAUAGUAGAUCGACGCUGGUGCGUAGUGGGCUGGUUUCCAGAACCGAAAGUGGUGUGAAAACCUGCUGGUUUGUCGUAUCUGGACUGUCUCGUCGUCUCUUUUUUGCGGGUAAUUUAUGACAGUUUUUCCGGCCGCGUCCACUCGGUUCAGUUGCUGUGUUUUAAAGAGCCAAGAGAAGCGAACAUGGAGAUCGAGAAGGAAGUGAAGAAAAUGACACUGGGACACGAGUUUGGCGCGGGCGCCGCCUGCCUCAAGUGUAAAGACAAAUGUGAAGGCUUCGAGCUUCAUUUCUGGAGAAAAAUCUGUCGUAACUGCAAGUGUGGGCUCGCGGAGCACAAUGUGCAGAUGAACACGGAGGAGAACAAAAAGGUGGGGAAGCUCUUCGAGGACACCAAGUACACCGGCCUCAUUGCCAAGCUGAAGACGGACGGUGUCCCCGUGUACCGCGGCAAUGCCGUCACCAUCACGCUGGGCAGCCCCGCCAUCGCCCAAACAGUGUUACCGUGCACUGCCCACACCGUGUUACCGGCCUCCGCCACCGCAGCCGUACCUCACACCACUACUGGCGCUCAAAGUUCUGUCCUGCCUGCUACAGCCUCAGGAGGUACCGCAUCCGGUGGCUUACCGGCAGCCGCAAGAAUUACGCCAUCCGGCGGUGCCCAAGCCCGGCCGGCUGGGGUUGCCCCCGUCAAGGCGAACACAGCGAGCGUUUCCAUCAGUUCCACCCCUGCCAACGUGGUGCUGGUCAACAAAGAAACGCCUCUUCAGUCUGUCACGUACGAGUGGGCGCCCCCCGUGGCGAACAAAUAUGUGGCGGUGCGCUACAUCGAGCUACUGCCGCCCGAGAAGCGGCCCGUGGCGGGCACGGAAGGCGCCGCCUACCGCCGCCAACAGAUGGCCCGCCAGCUGCCCGAGCACGACCAGGACCCGGCCAAGUGCCACGAGCUGAGCCCGGCCGAAGUCAAGAAGAUGCAGCAGUUUGUGCGCAAGUACAAGGACGAGGCGCUGGGUGUCGGCGACGUGAGGCUGCCCGAGGAGAUGGUUCUGCUGCAGGCUGCAGAGACGGGUCAAGGUGAGCCAGGCGGUGCCGGAGGCGUUAAAGCAGUGGGUCUCAAGGGGACCGCUGGAGCUGGAGGGGCCGGCCCCGUGUCCGCUGGAGGCGCCAUGGGUACCGCGGCUGCUGCUGGAGCCAUGGCCGCCCCAGGAUCCACGCAGCAAAGCUUUUCGUGCCGCCGCUGCAAUCAGCCGAUGCGCGUUGGCGACCCUGCCGUGUAUGCCGAGCGGGCCGGUUACGACAAGCUGUGGCACCCGGGCUGCUUCGUGUGCUGCACCUGCGACGAGCUGCUGGUGGACAUGAUCUACUUCUGGAAGCGUGGAAAACUCUACUGCGGACGUCACUAUGGUGACAGCGAGAAGCCGCGUUGCGCCGGGUGCGAUGAGCUGAUCUUCAGUAACGAGUACACGCAGGCCGAGGGCCACAACUGGCACCUGAAGCAUUUCUGCUGCUUCGACUGCGACCUGGUCUUGGCCGGAGAGACGUACGUGAUGGAGCAGGACAAGCCCGUCUGCACGGCCUGCUAUAUGAACAACUACGCUGUGAAAUGUUCAGGCUGCGGUAAGGCGGUGGAGCCCGAGGCUCAGCGCGUGUCGUAUGGCGAGCACCACUGGCACGCGGCACCGCAGUGCUUCAAGUGCUCCGGCUGCGCCAAGGUUCUGAUGGGCCAGCGCUUCAUGGCGGUGCAAGGACGGCUCUUCUGCUCUGUUGAGUGCAAGAAGAAGGCGUGAAUUCAGGAUGCCAGCGUUGCGUUGAGGUGAAGCCAUUUGUACAAGUGCCUUAAAGUCUGCACUUUUUUUUUCUAUUCAGGUCUCAGGCAUGUAACUACUGAAAACUCCAUUCGCUUCUUUCAUUCAAAUAUGAGUUUAUGACAUGUGGGCUCAUUUUGUACAUUUCCAAGGGUACUCUUGUCCAAUCGUGAAAAAUUUUGAAGCAUGUACGGUAUACGAGACCAAUGGUUCUGUGGUGCACCCCAUAAACGUUUAAACUAUGAGUCCCUGUAUCCCAUUUCCUUCAGGAACAUGAAAUGUGGUCAUUAUGUCUAUCAUGAGUAGGUCCGCAAAAAAAAAAAUCUGAGGAAGCCAUUGUGAACAGACACAGAAUCUUUUUUUUUAAUUAAA